AUGACCUACGACACUAAAAUCAAACCCUAUUUGGUGCACACGGAAAAGACAUACAAAGAAACAUUUGUUGAUAUUCCCCGACGAGGCUUUACCGACAUUCUAGCAAAGCCUCCUGUUGCCUUUCUUCCAAACUUUAAAAACCCAUGUUGGAUUGAAAGAGUGUCGAGGUUCAGAUAUGAUAAGGUGGACGGAAACUUCAAAGGAGAGAUCCGCUGCUUGCCCUAUUUCUUCGUAGCCGGCUUCCCUAAGUGUGGUACCACGGACCUGUACCGUCGACUAGCGCUGCAUCCCCAGAUACAGCCACCGUGUUCUAAAGAACCCCAUUGGUGGUGCAAGAUGAGACACAAGAAAGGUGCAAGCAUGCUAACUUAUCUGCGUUGUUUUCAACGAGCAGCUCAGAUGAUAGCGGGGUCAAACAACUACACUACAGUUGUGACGGAACCACGAUACCAGAUAACUAUGGAUUGUAGUGCUUCUACGAUGUGGGAUCACAGCAACUGGCGCUACAUACCACAAAACAACCUGACAUCUGAUGAACCAUCAGUGACCAAUAUUCAUUCCAUCCACCAUUUACUGCCGAAUGCGAAGAUGAUAGUCAUCAUGAGGAACCCUAUAGACAGGUUGUAUUCAGAUUAUUUGUUUUUCCAAACCAACCUCGGCGCUUCUAACUUUCACCAAAAGGUGAUUCGGAGUAUAGCUAAGCUCGAAAGCUGUUUUAAGACAAGAACCACACGGGCCUGUGUUUAUGACAGUCAGAUUGUCGGCGGGCUAGAGGUUCGUCUGUAUAUAGGUGUAUAUUCCGUAUAUAUUGAAGACUGGUUUCAGCUUUACCCUCGUGACCAGUUCCUGUUUCUUCAGUCUGAAGACUAUGGCGCUAAUGUGACAAAGUCCAUCCUCAAUGUUUUCAGUUUUUUGGACCUCGUUAUCCCAGAGGAGUCAAAACUACACAACAUUGCAAAGCAACCACAUGCCAAUAGGCGAUCCAAGAAGAACAGGAAUCUCGGCGAAAUGCUACCAGAAACAAGGGCCUUGCUGGAGAAGUUUUACUCACCAUGGAACAAAAGACUUGCCAAACUUUUAAAUGACAAUCGUUUCUUGUGGUGAAGAUAAAUUUCAACGGUGAAUUGCUGUAUACCACAAUUUUAUAUCUUUAACCUUCCUUUGAACUCGCAUUUCAGCAUAGAACAGGGGAAUUAACCAAGUUUUACUAUGUGGAAGAAUUUCAGGAUUCGGCAGAAUACUAAUUUUCACAAAGUUGUUUACAGGUGAAUGGCAGAGGGUUGACUUGAUCUUGGUACUAUUGUCUGUGCAUGUUUUUGUGUUAUUUUUUAUCUUCUGUUUCUUAUUCUCACGGUCUAAUAUAAGCAAGUC